UCGCGGUGUCGAGCUCAACGAGCGGAGAAUCGAAAGAGCUCCUCAGUUUAUCUCGAUAAAAACCGAGAGGGAAAGAAAUAUUUCGACGGUUUCGCAGCUCCGUUCGCAUUUCCGAAUGUUCGACGCGAACAGACGAACGGGCUUCUUACGCUUCGAGAUCACGACACCUGCCAGGAUGGGUCGUAAAGACAAAUCAACUAAAACCAUACCCAUCGAUGAAGCACUCAAAGAGUUCAUGAUACACAUAGAGCGGAUUGUGGUCAACGAUGUCACCGAUCACCUCGAGGGUAUCCGAGAUAGGCGCACUCGGAGCGUCUAUCAUGCUGUUGGAUAUUCGCACCUCUUGUUUUGCCGAGCAGGUCUCUCACUUCACAAGGACGAUGUUGCAAGAGCGGUAGCAGCUUUGGCGGAAGCCACACAGUUUUGUCACGUUAGGAGAAAAUCGACGUCAACCGUCUACCGAAUGAUGUUCAGCGAAGAUUACAACUCUCAUACGACAGAACAGGCACACGCUGAACUCUGCUAUGCGAUUUGUUUGCUGGCGGAAGCGAUCCUGACUAUGGUCCAGGAUCCCUCGUUCAUUUCAUUCAUUCAAGGAGCUUUCAAGUUCCGGUCGUGUUACAUGGCUUUCAAAGAGUGCAUCGCGUUACUCAAACAACGAUCGUGGGGCGAACACGAGGAGAAGGUGCAUUUCGAAAGCGGUGUCAUGUGCGGGAUUGGCGUCUACAACUUGAUUAUCUCCUCGCUUCCGCAAAAAGUUUUGAAUCUCUUGGAAUUCAUUGGAUUCCACGGUGAUGAAACCACUGGGGAACAACUAUUAGUCCAACAGACGGAGAAGUUCGAAGGCUUCAUGUCGCUUUUCAGCUGCAUUGCUCUUCUAGUGCAUCAGAGCUACCUCCAUUAUAUUUUCGGAAAUGGCGACUGUAAUCUCGAGAUGGUCGACAAAGUUGUCCAGCAGUUCAUCGGUAAAUUCCCGAAUGGAGCCAUCGGUCUCUACUUCCAAGGUCGAGCGCAUCAGAUUCACGGUCGCAUCGAACGCGCUCUGGAACAAUUCGAAGAAGCAAACAAGGUGAUGGACGACUUCAUCCCCUUUGACGCGUUCUUCAACUGGGAUCACGCCUACCUAUAUUGGUGAGUGACAGCACGUGCUGGGUCUUGGGACGAUGUUCUGAGGGUUCUGGACGAUCUGCAUCGGAAAUGCAGCUGGUCGGAGGCGACGUCGUUUUACUUGAAGGGAGUCUGUACCUACAUGAAAGAGAUCGAGGGCAACAUCAACAAUAACGCCUCCGGCUCACUAGAAGGUGUUCACGACUUGAUGUCCAAAGUUGCACCUUCCUGCAAAAGAAUAGCCGGCCGUACAAUUCCGCUCGAAGUAUUCCGCUCGAUGAAAGCUCGCACUUUCCUGGAGCGCGGUCGACUCACGCUUCCCCACUAUGAACUGAUGUACCUGUGGGGCUUCUUCAACAUGUUCUCGAAGAACAAUGACACACUGUCGAAAGUGAAGGCAGAAAUCGAGACUGAGGUGGCUCGUAUCAGGGCUUCGUACGAGAACGACGCUGCCUAUCUCCCAGAUUGGUGUCUCGUCAGGUUCUUGCAAGGCGUUAUUCUCCGGUACAGAAAAAGACUCGGCGCCGCUGAGGCAGCUUUCAGAGAAGUCACCAUGCACGGUCCGGAGUUGGGAGACGAGAUUCACGUGUCUGCUUUCUCCUCUUUGGAGAUGGGCUUACUGUACAUAGACGACGACAAUCUGGCAGAAGCGAAGGAGCAAAUCAAGAUCACGAGACAAUACAGAGGAUUCCGCUCAGCAUACCUCUGUCUUUCAAAGUUACACUCAGCGUAUAAGCAAGUUAAGCGACUGCUAGAAGAAGACCCGUGCGACCAGGAAGACAACUGUUGA